GCUAGACCUGGGGUGGGUUGUUUUCUAUAUCUCGCCGAGGGUUCCCACUUGCCCUUCAGUAAGGGUCAAGACGCAGGGACUUGUACCAAAGGGGAGCAAAGCAGGGCUCUGCCCGAGUCCCCUAGGACCUCCGUCUCUCAAUGUCGGAGGUAGGAGGCCUUAUAGCUCCCGCGCGCUGGAGUUAGAAAGUGACUUAUUACAAUCUAGCUUGGAGGAGGGACCAGAGAAAGGCGGGUGCUGACCCUUAGAUCCCUGGAGGUCUGACCCCUUAAUACUUUCAGGGGUCUGGCCUGUGUUCCACUACCUGGCCAGUGUCAGAGUGUGCUCUUGAACUAGAUGCCAGUUUCUAAAUCUGGUCCUAACAGUCUCCUAGCUUUGUCACCUCCAGGAAUUUAUUUAGUCUUUCAGAUCCUCAUGUUUCCCACUUUACCUAAGGCAAAGUGUUGUGAAUUAUGAGGCCAAAGUGACUAGUUCAAUCCCAGCUCUACUGAACUAGUUGUGACUUUGGACAGUCACGUAAUUAUUUCCAACCUUCAUUUUCCACGUGUGUAAGAUGAGAAUGAAAAUCAUUUCAUGGGCUAUUUCAAAACUAAACGAGAUGUCUUUUGUACAAUUUUUGAAACAUAGCCUUCAGUGUGUGUUAAUAAACAGAAAUAAUAGUAUUUUCUACCCUGACCCUGAAAUCCACUGGUGUGAAGGCAGAAGAAAUGGAAAAUUAGACUUCUAAGCUUAUGCAGUUUGCGUCACAUCUCCUGCCUAGACAGACAGGUAUAUAUUGGAAAGGGGUGCGCCUUAAAAAUAAGAGUGACCAGAACAGGCUCCUUGUAACCCAUUUCCCCUUUUCAUAGUCAUGAUCACCAUGAAGAUUUUCUGGUUUCUACUGUUUCUGAAUCCGUUUAGACCCUACUGCUACCAUUCAUAUAGAUUUAGCCUGAUAUGUGCCAGAUCCUUUACUAGUCAUGAGGACAUAAGACGCCGUACCUGCCCUCCGAGAGUUCAGCGUAGAAGAGCAAGCUUGUUAAAGUACAGACUUUAAUUCUACAGGUCUGGGGUAGGACCCGAGAUUCUGCGUUUCUAACUAGCUCCCAGGUGAUGCUAAUGGAGUUGAUUCGGGUUCAGCACUUCGAGAAGUAAUAUGUAGAGGAUUUUACAAACUAGUGGAUGGUGGAAGGCCACGGGCAGAGUCCGGGUUAACUGGCCCGAAAACUUGAGGUGGUCUCCGCCCCUUUGCUUGAUGAGGUUCCCUCCCAGGAAUCCGACACGUGACGGGUGGGAAAGCCCUCACUGAAUAGAAGAACUUUGUAAGCUCCGAAGAUGCCACCCGACCUGCCUUCCCUGCUGCUGCGGCUUGUGAUUCUGCUGCUGCUGUCCCAGGCAGAAGCUCGCUCCUUCGUAGUGGAUCGGCAACAUGACAGAUUCCUCCUGGACGGGGUCCCGUUCCGCUAUAUUUCUGGCAGCCUGCACUACUUUCGCGUACCGCGGGUUCUUUGGGCCGAUCGACUUCUCAAGAUGAAAAUGAGCGGCCUCAACGCUGUGCAGUUUUACGUGCCCUGGAACUACCAUGAGCCAGAACCUGGGAUCUAUAACUUUAAUGGCAGCCGGGACCUCACUGCCUUUCUGAAUGAGGCAGCUAAAGCAAACCUGUUGGUCAUUCUGAGACCAGGACCUUACAUCUGUGCUGAGUGGGAGAUGGGAGGUCUCCCAUCUUGGUUGCUUCGAAACCGUGAUAUUCAUCUGAGAACCUCAGAUCCUGCCUUCCUUCAUGCUGUGGACUCCUGGUUCAAGGUUUUGCUGCCAAAGAUAUAUCCAUUUCUCUACCACAAUGGGGGCAACAUCAUUAGCAUUCAGGUGGAGAAUGAAUAUGGUAGCUACAAGGUCUGUGACUUCAAGUAUAUGAGACACUUGGCUGGCCUCUUCCGUGCAUUACUAGGAGAUGAGAUCUUGCUCUUCACCACAGAUGGGCCUCAAGGACUCAGAUGUGGCUCCCUUCAGGGACUCUAUGCCACUGUAGAUUUUGGCCCAGCUGACAACGUGACCAGAAUCUUCUCCCUGCUUCGGGAGUAUGAACCUCAUGGGCCAUUGGUGAACUCCGAGUACUAUACAGGCUGGCUGGAUUACUGGGGCCAAAACCACUCCACACGGUCCACUCCAGCUGUAGCUAGAGGACUAGAAAGAAUACUCAAGUUGGGAGCCAGUGUGAACAUGUAUAUGUUUCAUGGAGGUACCAACUUUGGAUACUGGAAUGGUGCUGAUGACAAGGGAUACUUCCUUCCGAUUACUACCAGCUACGACUAUGAUGCACCCAUAUCUGAAGCAGGAGACCCCACACCUAAGCUUUUUGCAAUUCAAAAUGUCAUCAGCAAGUUCCAGGAAAUUCCCUUGGGACCUUUACCUCCCCCCAGCCCCAAGAUGAAGCUUGGACCACUGACUAUGAGCCUGGAUGGGAAUUUGCUGUCUUUCCUAGACUUUCUCUGCCCAGAAGGCCCCAUCCAUUCAGUUUUGCCAUUGACCUUUGAGGCUGUCAAACUGGACCGUGGCUUUAUGCUGUACCGGACCUAUAUGACUUACACUGUUUCAGAACCAACACCAUUGUGGGUGCCAAAUAAUGGAAUUCAUGACCGUGCCUAUGUGAUGGUAGAUGGGGUAUUGAAGGGCAUUCUGGAACGGAGCUUGAAAGAAGAACUGUAUUUGACUGGGAAAGUAGGGACCAGGCUGGAUAUAUUGCUAGAGAAUAUGGGGAGGCUCAGUUUUGGGUCUAACCACAGUGACUUCAAGGGCCUGUUAGAACCACCACUUCUGGGGCAGACAGUCCUCACUGGGUGGAUGAUGUUCCCUCUCAAGGUGGAUAAGCUUGUAAAAUGGUGGAUCCCCCUGCAGCUGAUGAAAAGAGCCCAGCCUCAAGCUCCCUCUGUCCCUGCCUUCUAUUCUGCAAAGUUUCCGGCUUUAGGCUUACUUGGGGACACAUUUCUCUAUCUACCUGGAUGGACCAAGGGCCAAGUAUGGAUCAAUGGGUUUAACCUGGGCCGGUACUGGACAAUGCGAGGUCCACAACAGACCCUAUACGUGCCAAGACCUCUGCUGUUUGGUAGCUCAAUCAACAAAAUCACAUUGCUGGAACUAGAAGAUGUGCCUCAUGACCCCCAGAUCCAAUUUUUGGAUAAGCCUAUCCUCAAUAGCACUUUGCACUGGGGGUAUAACUAUCUUCUCUCAGAACCACAAGGUUCCUAUGAACCAAUAGAGUUAAGUGGGCACUGAAAGAUGACCCUGGAGUCUGGGACACAGGGCAGGAUCCUUUGAUGACGGCCACAGUGACCAUAAAGAAUCAAAGGCUACAAUCCCUCUGAGUGUAAGUACAUACACAGUUUUCUUGCCAAACUUUAUUGUGAUUAAAAUUCCAAAGACAGUACUGGCCCCACACACCUUUGGGGCCCUGUCUUUGCCCC